UAUAUGUUUUAUAAUCUAGUUAAUCAAUAUAAUUUAACAAUAUGGUUCUCUCUUAAAUAAUUGAAUAUGAAAAACUCAAGUGAAGAAAAUGAACUACUUAAUUUGAAUGCAAAACAAGAAUCGGAUCAUCUUUUGGACAAUGAUAUUGAUGUCACCAGUGAUAGAUUAGCUGGAGUGGAUGUUUCAAAGUCUGAUGAAGAAAAAGAUUCAUUACUGCAAAAAAAUCCUGCACAUUUUACAAAACAUAGUCAACAUUUAAAGAAUACCUUAAUCAAUAAAGCAAAAAUUAACCGUGCAAAUUUAAGUUUGAAAAUUGAAUCUGGUAUUUAUCGACAAAGUGCCGGUAGUAGUUUUAGUCCUAGCACACCUGGGCAAAGUACUCCAAAGCCAAUACAUGUGGUGGUUUUUUUGAAAGAAGGUACAGAUUAUAAACUUUAUCUUGAAAAAGGAAAAUUAACUACUGCUGGUGAAAUUAAAACAAUGAUGAUAGAAAAAUUAAAAAUUCCUGAUAAUGCUAAGCAUUUUUUUGCUAUUUGGUUAAUAUCCCAACAUCUUGAGCUGCAGUUAAAAGAUCGUCACAUCCCUUUCUUGCUUCGUAAACAGUGGCAUGACUUAUUGAUUUCGUUUUCUUACUGUGAAGAACAAGAGGCAAUUUUAGAUGAACCUGUUUUGGUUUUUCAAAGAAGUUCUUUUCUUAAUGAAAAAGAUGAAGAAAAGGUUUCCGAUGAUGUGGUGACAAAAAGAUUAUUUGAAGAGGCUCGUCAUAAUAUAUUGAAUGCAAGAUAUCCAGUUCCAGUAUCUGAUGCCGAAAUGUUAGGUGGAAUAUUAGCACGCAUCGAUGAAGGACCAUAUGACGAAAGUAUUCAUAAGCCAGGCUAUUUUAAAAAUUUACUAUCAAAGUAUUUGCCUCAAUAUGCAUUUAGUACUAAUAAAAUUAUCCAGUACUUUAAUGUUUCUGCUGAGCACCGUCUUUUUGCCCGAUAUAAAGAAGUUAGUGAUAGAAGUAAAGAAACAUGUGAAAGAACAUUUUUGAACUAUUGUCGCAGUUUACCAUUUUAUGGAUGUGCAUUCUUCAAAGGAAUAAUUAGUAUAGAUGAUAAGACUUUAUGGAGGAGCCCUGAAAAAAAUAUUAAAAUUGGAAUAAACCGACUUGGUUUAAGCUUGUUUAAGUCAUCUAAAGAUGAGCUCAUCAUAUUUCUACCUUAUGAUGAUAUAUCUUGGGGUUUACUGGCCAAAGAAGAUGAAAAUGGUAUGGAUUCCUUGUGUCUUGAGUUUGAUUGCAAGAAACAAACUCAACAAAUAUUUAUUGAAUCAAAACAGGCACGUAUGAUGGAUUCAAUGAUAGAAUCAUGUGUUAAGUACAUGGAAAAACUGAAAAUACCUAAAACUCCUACAAGUCUUGAUUACAGUAAACUAUCUGAUAUAAGUUUUUCUUUGGAGAAAAAAACUCAAUUUUCGUUAAGCCGACCUUUCAAAAUUCAGUGAUUAUCGACAUUGAUAUGAGAACUAGUGUAAAACGAUUGAAUAAAUAUAAUUUAUUUAUUUAAUUUUUUUGUUUUUGUAAAUAUCAAAUCAAGUAACAAAUAUAUAAAUAUUGA